UUCCAUCACAUGUGUAGACAAGGACAAGGAGGACGCGAUGGAGACCUCCUCCUCGGAGACGGAGAAGGACAAAGAGGACAAAGCCGCUUCAGACGAGGCCGAGGAGAGGAGGAAGAAACUGGUGCACGACAUCGGAGAGGGCAACAUCGCCACUGCCGCCGCCGCCGCCCUGGCGUCUGCAGCCACUAAAGCCAAGCAUCUGGCAGCGGUGGAGGAGAGGAAGAUCAAGUCUCUGGUGGCGCUGCUGGUGGAGACGCAGAUGAAGAAGCUGGAGAUCAAACUGAGGCACUUCGAAGAGCUUGAGACCAUCAUGGACCGCGAGAAGGAGGCGUUGGAGCUGCAGAGGCAGCAGCUGCUCACUGAGCGUCAGGCCUUCCACAUGGAGCAGCUCAAAUACGCCGAGAUGAAGGCUCGCCAGCAGAUGGAGCAGGCUGCAGCCGCCGCAGCUGCUGCUCAGGCACAGGGCCAGGGGCCUCCACAGGGGCCCGGACCACACCCAGGGCCCCACCCAGGACCUCACCCCGGUCAGCAUCCAGGACCUCACCCUGGACCCCACCCGGGGCCCCCUCCUCCAGGCAUGCAUCCAGGAGGUCCCCCUCCACACCAUGGAGGGCCCCCACCUCAUCACGGGGCACCCCCUCCCCACCACGGAGGUCCCCCACCAGGUGCAGCCAUGCACCCAGGCUAUCCUCCCAUGGGGCACCACCCAAUGGCACCCCACCACCCCGGGCAGACGGGCCCGAUGGGACCAGGCCAGCCAAUGCCAGGCAGGAUGAUGGCCGGGCCUCCCUCUGCUGGGCCUCCUCCUGGAGGCAUGCCUCCUAUGAUGCCUCCUCGCCACCCUGGUGCUCCCAACGGCAUGUACCCUGGGCCUCCACCUGCGCAACCUGAUGCUAUCCCUGUAGCUCCAGUGGGGCCCCCAGCGCCCCCUGGUGGAAGAGUGUCUGACAACUAAUGGCCCCACACUAGAAGCACACGUCCUGAACAUGUUGUCGCUUUGUUGCCCUUUGCUACUUGCUCAAGAAUUCUGUGAACUCUUCUGACAGGACACAAACAAAGACUGACCCAACAUUGUCCACACUCACAUGCAGCAGCUGUCUCCGGGGGCCCCAGCACAGGGGCUCGAGUAUUACACUGUUUGUGCUUUGGGCCAGUGGGAGGCGGUGGGAUGACUGUAAACAUUAGUAAUAGUGGUAGUUGGCUGAACAGAUUUCUGAUAGACACUGUCUCUGGGUUCUUGACACCCCUUUUUCUCUCCUGUGAGUGAGCCUGAUACUGGAGCUGUUGACGUCAGCCUCACACAUGCACAAAGAGGAUCUAGCCUUCCCUCUCUCGUCCUGUUGAGUAACUACCUCUCGCUCCUGAGUAAUACACUGUAGAUGUGUGUGUGAGGUGCUCCUCCAAAACCACUGCUAAUCCCAACUUUGAUGUAAUGUGCUUCAUCCUGUUACAACUAUUUAAGCUUCAAUGUCAAGUCUGAGCCAGAGGUUUGGGGCUGUGUUGUUACAAUCAAGUUGAAUUCGAUGCAGAAGCGAUCAGUGCGGGUCGGAAUGUUACCAGUAUGUGUGAAGCGCAAACACGGGUCUAUAAUACAAUAAGGUUUAACAUAAUAACUGUCCUUCCACCCUAGCACAAUCUUAAUACUUUCGUUAAUCAACGAAACAGCUGCUUCGACGCUGUGCGCACAACCUGACCAGAUCCUGCCACAAAGCUCUGGUUGUCCUGUACACGCACCCAUGCAUUUAAUCUCCCCCUGACCCACACUUGACCUUUACAUUAGGAGGCGCUGUCAUGAGGCUGGGCCCUUUUAGCCCUGCAGACUUUAGCCAUUUCUAGGUGCUGAGACUGUUGUCACAAAACUCAUAUGUCCAUCUCCCGCUACUACCUCUGACUAGGGUUGUUAGAAGUAUCGAGAACGAGAUUUGAUACCAAGGCUAGAAUCGAAACGAAAUGCUGAUAUGAACAAGUAUUGAAACUAAAAAUGUUACUCAUGGGUGCGCUGUAACUUUUUGUUUGGGGGUCCGUCACCUGGACGCGUCAUUGCUCUGCCUGGAAUGUUCCACAGUGUGACAUUAAACGGUUUGAGCUUACAUUUAUUCAAUUACAGAUGGUUUUGUAGCUCAAAGAUGCCUGGAAAAACAAAUCUGAAAACAAAAAUGACCUGCAACUUGGUCUGGUUUAUUCUCCAUGGAGAUCGAAAGGUUUGACUUCAUACUGUGAAACAUUCCAGGCAAAGCAAUAACAUGUCGGUGGAGAAAAGCAUUUGACGGACCCUCCACCAAAAAAGUUACACAAUGCACCUUUAUAAACAUUACAGCCAGUCUUAUACGAACUUUAUCAGAACUAGGAUAAGACCACAUGGUGAUAUUUAGUUGAAGAUGACAUCCUGUUGUCUUAAAAAGAACCUUAUUAUCAUUGUGGUCUCGAAAUCUGAAUCCAGUAUCGAGCCAAAUCCUUAAAAUCGAAAUAAUUAGAAGUUUUAGUACCGCGACACUACCUCUGACCCACACUUGACAUGACCACCUUUUAUUUUCUGCCACUCAAAAGCAAUAGUGUCAUCCUUCGUUGUCUUUUCUCCAAUCCUCCGAUGAUUUAAAAAAAAAACGUCCAAACUCAUCCGCAACCGUUUUUUAACCGUCGAUCCUAAAAGUGUCUUCGAUUUGCUCCUCAGAUACGGCAGUCCAGUAGUCUUGAGCAGGCACGGCUCUCGUCUCCCGCCACUGUUCCGCCUCUGCUACCUCCUCGCCCGCUAGCUAGCUACCUCUUCUAGAAAUCUUCCUCGCGCUCUCUUGCUACCUCUGCGUGCCCCCCUUCCCCACCUCUCUCCGCUACCUCCCGUUUUCCUCGUCGGUUUUUCUUUCGUUCUCCUCUCCUCCCAAGUGCCCACGUGACUGCUGCAUCACUCACCGCCGACCCCUUCCCCAGUGUGUCGGAGACUACACUACAGUCAUUCACUCUCAUCCACUGUGCCCCCCCCCCUUCUCCCGGUCGACAUCAGGCUCGUCACCUCCUGAAUAUUACGGGGAUUUCCUUAUAACAUAUAUUAUCUGAAAUUGCUAAUUUUGUGUUAAUGGUAAUGUAUUUUUAAGAAUUGUGUAGAUGGAAGUUCUCUCUGUUUAAAAGUUUGUAGAUUUUUCUUUCUUUUUUAUUUUGUACGGGGGUCUGUUGGUACUUGGACCUUGAACACUGUCAAAUAAACUGUGUUUUGUAUGA